GACGGGUGCAGCCCUCUCCGCUUGAAAUAAAUGGGUACCGUUAGUAAGUAGGACUCGAAUCCCAGACUCGAUGCGGGAACGAUAACGAUUCUAACGGUACUCGUAACUCCACGCUAGAGACGCGCCGAGUCGCUGAAGUCGUCGCCGAAAUUACCGAGGGCGCAUACUUCUCGUCGGUGUGUGUUUCCUUGUUACGAAAAAAAAAAAAAGGAAAGAAAAAAGUGACCUCUCCGGGUCUCUCGAAAAACUCGAAGUCCUUGCUCUUUCACUGGAUCGGCGAUAUUUACAUUUACGGUUUUGAGUUACAACACAGCAGUGAUGUUUUACGUAAGAGCAAGCGCAUUUUAAACACUCAUAUAACACGCAUAUAACGAGGAACAUAACAUUACUCACGGGCACCGGAAAACAAAGUUUCUCAAAUUUGGACGUAAUAUUUCGAACGUCGAAAUGUCAAGGAUGCCUCGUGCGUACGUGAAACGGAAACGCCUCCGGCGAAGUCGGGAAGCGCGAACAGAAACCGAAAUGAUCCGUUCUUUAACAUAUUUCCCGCCAAGGUUCGCCACUUUCUCCGCCAACGAAGGUGGAGGGGGUAAAAUUCGGAAAAUCGAUAAAAGGCACAUAGUGCGCGUGUCCGCGGAAAUUAGCGGCUGACGGCCGGGAGAGGCUAAAAAUGAAAGUAGUCAGUUUGAAAAGUCGAGGAAAGCUGGUAACAUGACACGCAGACGGCAACGGCGGCGACGGCGGCAGAGCGGGAUGGUCCACAAGGAGGAGGUGGAUUUUCAGAAACGCGCGGCCAGGAUACGCACAAUCGCGGCGGCAACGCAUCGGCGACGCGAACAGGCGAGACGUGACGCGCGGCAAGCCGUGGUGAGGGGAAGGAGGAGACUCGAUUCGUGGGAACUCGUGAGAACUCGCACGGGAACGAUGCAGACGACGGGAAUAAGGACGGCAGGAGGAGCAGGAGCGACAGCAGGAGGAGGAGGAGGCUCAUCGACUCACCUGGUCGUCCUUUACGUGGCGACCGCUGGCCUCCAGGGGAACGCGCUCGGCUCCGAUGAGGAGGAGAUCACGUUACUCGUCUAUGUACUCAUCGAUGUACUGCAGAAUAAGGUGCUGGACUGGCAACAGUACAUCGUGCGACCGAUGGUAAUGGAAGACAGUUGUACGCCCGGGACUGGCAGCGACAACCCAGCGGUUGCCGGAAGUAGCGGGAUCAUUAACGACGCGGCACUGGCACAUGCUCCAGCUUUGACCGAACGAAACCUUCGGGAGCACGGGAUCCCUCUGCAGCAGGCCAUAGAACAGUUCGAGACUUGGUGGUCGUCCAUGUCCUGCGUCACAUCCGGCGCGACGCCGAGAUUCGUGGUAGACGGCCAAGCGCCAAUGAGACAAUGCCUGCAUCCCGAGGCCUGCAACAAGGACAUCGAGCUGCCGGAGCACUACAACCACUUCUACGAUCUGCGAAAGGACUUUGUGGCAUGUUAUUCUUCCCACGGGGAGUUAUCGACCCUCGGAGUGCAAGAGAUGCUGCAAUAUUUCGGACUGCCGCCGGACACGGAUAAUGACUUUCAUGUCAAAGAGAUACAAGACAUGGUGACGGUGAUUCAGAGAAUGAUUAAGGACGGUCACGUUUUUCAAAAUCCAGAAGUAAUUAACAUCGUCUUAGAACCUGGCAUAUGCUCCAAAGACGAGGAGGUGGAGAAUGAUUGUGUAGUACGAGCGCGUGGUCUUCCUUGGCAAUCCUCAGAUCAGGACAUCGCCAAGUUUUUUCGUGGGCUCAAUGUCGCCAAGGGUGGUGUAGCUCUUUGUUUAAGUCCUAUGGGAAGGCGUAACGGCGAAGCGUUGGUACGGUUUAUUAAUAAAGAACACAGAGACAUGGCGCUGAAGCGGCAUAAACAUCACAUGGGUGCACGAUACAUAGAAGUUUACAAAGCCUCCGGAGAGGAUUUUGUUGGCGUUGCUGGUGGUACGAGCGGGGAGGCGCACGCUUUUCUGUCACGCGGGGCUGAAGUCAUCGUUAGAAUGCGGGGCUUGCCGUAUGAUUGUGUUGCUAAACAAGUGCUGGAAUUCUUCAUGUCCGGACUAAAGUCGUGUCACGUACUGGAUGGUGAGGACGGGGUGUUGUUCGUGAAGAAACCCGACGGUAGGGCGACCGGUGACGCUUUCGUCCUGUUUGCGAAGGAGGAGGACGCCGUGAAGGCGUUGAGCAAACACAGAGACUGCAUCGGCAGUCGGUACAUUGAAUUGUUCCGGAGUACGACCGCGGAAGUGCAGCAAGUACUGAACAGGGCGAUAGACCCGAAGCAAGUGGUGCAACCGCCGCCGCGCAUGGUGCCGUUGACUUCGAUGAUACCUCAGCAUAUCAUUACAUGCGGCACGCGUAAGGACUGCGUGAGACUCCGUGGCUUGCCGUACGAGGCGGUGGUGGAGCACAUUCUCGAGUUCAUGGGCGAGCACUCGAAGAACAUCGUCUUCCAGGGCGUCCACAUGGUUUACAACGCGCAAGGUCAGCCGUCCGGCGAGGCCUUCAUCCAAAUGGACAGCGAGACGUCGGCGUACGCGUGCGCGUCGCAGCGGCAUCACCGUUACAUGAUCUUCGGCAAGAAGCAGCGUUACAUCGAAGUGUUCCAAUGCAGCGGCGACGAUAUGAGUCUGGUGUUGACCGGUGCGGUAACACCGCCGUCAACCACACCACUGCCAUCACCCGGAGGCACGAUGUUGCCGCCGCCACCGGUAGCCAUAUUCCCACCUGCGGCCGCGAUGUUACCGCGCGGCCCGCCGCAAUUCGCGACGCCGUAUCCGCCGCCUAUCUUCUACUGGCCUUACCCAUCGCCGCCGGUCAGUCCGACCAAUUAUUACACUCCCGCGAGUGUCAGCGGUAUCGCGCCGAUCCCUCAGCAAGCGGCCCUGUUGGCACCAGCGGAAUGUCUGCAGCUAGCGCCCGGGGCGACGGUGCCGACGUCCACCCCGACGGCGGCUGACGCGCGUAUCGAGGCGUACCUGCCGCGGGUGGAGCUGGAGAAGCGGAUGGCCGCGUUGCCACCGCCGCAGACCGAGUGCAAUCCCUUCGUCGAGGUUUUCAUGGUUUGAUCCGCCUGGAGAGGACCCUCUUGCCGAUCCUUGACCCGGUUCCUUGCCUCGUAGGUCGUUGUUAAUCCCAGGCCGAGACGAGCGGACAGCCCCGUGUCUCCUCGUUUCUCUCUCGCGUGUCCACGCUUUUCGCGCUGAAAACCGGCAAGAUAAAACAAGCUCCCGACGGAGCAACCGCGCACAAAAUCCUGUCUCCGUCACGUCGACGAGCGACUUUAGCAUUUUUUUUUUUUAUUUUUUUUUUUAAUGAGAGACCUCGCACACCGCUGAUAUGUAUGUAUGUAUACGGUAUGUUGUAUCGCGCGCGGGAGAGUGUGACGGAUGAGAAGCCGAGCGGAAAAGGGGGAAGAGAGCGGGAAACUCCUUCGCCGGGUUCACGAAAGGAGGGAAGAAAAGAACCGUGUUUGUGUCCGCAGAGCGACGCGUAAGUCUCUCACGCUCUCCGCGGGAAUUCCUCUCUUCUCCGGGGGCCGAACCUUCGCCCUACGUGUAUGUGAAAUCUUCGUAUGAUGCGUCGCCUGCGCGCGAGAGAGCGGCGCGUUUCUUUCUAGUCUAGAGAUAGAUAAGGGCCGGUUGUGCGUCGCAUUCACGCACAGCAGCGUCGUUUCUCUCUCGUCGUUUGUUCCGAUACCCCCUCCCCGCCUCCUUGUGAACGGUUUGAGUGCCGCGUUUUCUUCUUUUUUACUUUUCUUCUUUCUAUGUUUUUUUUUUUCUUCUAUCGUCAUUCUCUCGCGGUGUGUCACUCUGCUAACGCCCCACUCUGUGACGACGGUUGCCGGUGACGAGUGAAAAAUAGAAUUCGAUUGAUUCGGAUUCGACGAGUCCCACUGUGUAAAUUAUACGUGGAUCGUAGAUAUGAAUUAUUUGCGCCGGUCGCGCCGAGUGCGAGCGAGUGCGACGGACAAUGUUUUCAGGGGCGCAGCCCGCGCGCCCUCAACUCGCGUUCGAAGUGGAGGGACGAGCGUCGCCUUGAACAGCGCGUUCUCGAUCUUCCGUCGAAGCCGAGCGUGGAGCGCCAUAGCGGGCUGUGCGCCUCUCUGCGUUAAUUUUUUAUCCCUUCGGAUUUUACACGGCACCCGCUUUACGUAUAUAUGUUAGUUAAUUUAAGCUUUUAAGAUGAUGAAAAUUUACGUACGCAUCUAACGGGUGUCCCGUAACUCGUGGUGGCACAGCCGGGCGGAGUGGUGUGAUUCCACGCGAAGAAAAUAAGCUAAAGGCAUUUAAUUAUUCGUUUCUUCGAAAAUUUUCCGAAGGAAACUUUCAUGUGAAAUUUUUCCGAAGAAAUCUUUUCGUCCGAACAUUUUCAAAAGGAAUUUCUUUAUACGAGAUAUUUCAGAGGGAAAUUUGUGCAAAACUUUUUCGAAUUUUCUUCAUACGAGAUUCUUCAGAAACAAUUUUUUGUACAGAACUUUUGAGAAGAAAUUUUCUCCGUACGAAAUUUUUCCAAAGAAAUUGCUUGACACGAUAUUUUUCCGAAGAAAUCUCUUCGUACGAAAUUUUUCAGAAGCAAAUUCUGUCGUCUUCUUCGGGAGGAUUUCUUUUCACGCAAAACUCCACGGAAGAAAUUGUUUCGUACGGGGCUUCGUUUUCGUGAAAGACAACUUGGAAUAUUCGUCGGGUGCGCGUGCACUCGGCAGUGUGUCUGGAAUCAAGUGACCUCGCGCUGUACGCCGUCUCCGUGCGCAUUUUUUCACGUAGAAUCACCCACUCUCCGAUUGCACAUCAGCCACGGGAUACCCUGUAUCUGCACAAUACGUACGCUUUCCUAUACGUAUGUAUGCACGUGUGUGCGGAUACACACGCGUACGUAUGUAUAUAUAUAUAUAUUUUAAAUCUAUCCUCUGUGUAUCAUCGCGUUCGCGAACUCGAGUCAUCAUUUAAUCCCCGCGUGUCCCCGUGUUCCUUCGUUCGUUCCCGAACGUUCGUCCGCUCUUUAUAAUGUCUUUCAACGCGCGUGCGCCGUCGAGAGUGUCGCGACGGCGUUCUCGCGUUUCUUUACGUUAAAAACGCGAAAUCGUGCACGACAACAGCAAAUAUUACAAAAGUCUUCCGUUAAGUUCUCGCUUCCUCCUCUCGCCCCCCCCCCCCUUCCGGGCAAAUUUUAUCGUUUCGUUUGUUAAUUCGCGUUCAUUUCCGACUUAGAGAGAAAGAUACACACGCGCACGCGCGCGCGCACACACACACACACACACACACACACACACACACACA